UGCUUUUUCAUUCUUAACACGGAGCACAAUAAACUCGAUGGACAUGUGUCGGUGAGAAGCUGAGCCACUUCACUAAAGCUGACAGUGAGCCGUCUGUCAACAUCUGAGGAUAUCACGCACAGGGCCGAGAGCGGCACAUCAAACCGUACAAGUCAACAAUCCCUAAACAGACUUUCUCCAUCAAGAUGUCAAACACGGGAGGUCGGAGACUGAAGCAGUGGCUGAUGGAGCAGAUCCAGAGCGCGCAGUACCCUGGCCUGCAGUGGGAGGAUGACAGCCACGCUUUGUUCCGUAUUCCGUGGAAACACGCAGGGAAACAGGAUUACAACCAAGAAGUAGACGCAUCCAUUUUUAAGGCCUGGGCUGUGUUUAAAGGCAAGUUCAAGGAGGGGGACAAGGCUGAGCCUGCAACAUGGAAGACCAGACUCCGCUGUGCCCUGAAUAAAAGCCCUGACUUUGAGGAGGUGACUGAAAGGUCACAGCUGGACAUCUCUGAGCCCUAUAAAGUCUACCGCAUUGUACCGGAGGGAGAACAGAAGAAUGGCAAAAGCUCAGUGAUGGCCAUGGCAACUACCACCAGUUCUGGUGAUAUCACUGACAUGGACUGCAGCCCUGCAGAACUAGAUGAGCUCAUUAAAGAGGAGGAAGGCUGUAGCAUCCAGGCCAGUCCAGAGUACUGGUCCCAGGGCAGCAUCAAUGCUUUCCCACUGCAUCAGGACCCAUUGCCAUCAGGCACCCUCAGCUCAGCCUUCUCCCAAAUGAUGAUCACUUUCUUCUAUGGAGGAAAGCUGAUCAACAGCACAGUGGUAAAUAAUUCUGAAGGCUGCCGAAUCGCCCCACAACUGCAACUGGGCCGUGGUGCCCUAUACAGUUCAGAGACCAUGCAGAGUGUUCAUUUCCCGCCUGCUGAGCUCAUCGAGCACGACCGCCAGCGCCAUGUCACACGCAAGCUCCUGGGCCACCUGGAGAGAGGCGUACUGGUCCGUGCCAACCAAGAGGGCAUCUUCAUCAAAAGGCUGUGCCAGAGCCGUGUCUUCUGGAGCGGGCUGGGAGAAGUGGGCUCACAAUACAGCCCCAUUCCUUGUAAACUUGCGAGGGAUGCUGUAGUCAAGAUUUUUGACACAGGAAGGUUUCUUCAAGCUCUACAGCUGUACCAGGAUGGUCAGUUCCCUGCUCCUGAUCCCACAGUGACUCUGUGUUUUGGAGAGGAGCUCCACGAUCUCAGCAAUGCCAAGGCCAAACUGAUCAUUGUGCAGAUCACUGUGGUGAACUGUCAGCACCUGCUGGAGGCAGUGAACAUGCGGCGCUCCCAGCCCUACCCAAACCUGGAGAUGUCUGAUAAUGUGGCCACUGACCAGAUGGCCCGCAUCUACCAGGACUUGUGCAGCUACAGCGGCCCCCAGAGACCAGCUUGCUACAGGGACAACAUGCCUAUCACUGCCUGAAGUAACUGUGAGCAGUGACACACCCGUCCGGAGCUUCUCAGUUUGUACCACACUGAAUGUACAACAUAUUAGGGACAGUAUCACAAUUAAUUUUGACUGUUUAACUAGAACUUUGAAGCUGCAGCUCAGUAUUGGGAUGUCCCUAAUAUUUUGUUUAUCAGUAAUUUUCAUUUUUGUAUACAUACAGUGCAAACUCUGUGUCUAACCUCUUCUUUGUUAUUGCCAGAGAGUGUUAUCAUCUGGCACUGUCAUUUUCAUAUUAUACACAUAACUCAGCGUUGCAAAGCCUUAAGGACAUAUAUAUAUAUAUAUAUCUUUAAAGUCUCAAAGCCUCAUUGCAGUAUGACAGCAACUUAGUUCUCAAAACUGAAUUUUGAUGUGUAUCAGAGCUUUUAUUGUUUUUGCUUUUGAGUUGCUUCCUUAUGUUUUGACCGUUUGGAUAAACAGAUCAAAUUGAUAUUUUGUUAGAUAUUUUGAUAUUUUUUAGAGUAAAUAUUUUUUAUAGGAGUUGAUACGAAUUGCAUGUAAUAGUAGAUGCAAUGUGGCAUUAUAUACCAGAUAGGUUUUACUAUCAGAUUGUUUUACUUUAUUCCAUCAUUUUUAUAAACUGCAUUUCUAGUAAAACUUUUUUUUUUACAGAACUACACAUGUGCUUGUCUUCAUAUAAUCAUAUUGUUCUUUUAUUUAAUGUUGAUUGUUGAAUUAUUUCAAAAAAUGACCAAUAUAAAAUGUAUGGCACCUGCUAAAAUGGGCUAAUGGGCACAGGUUAGACCCAUGGGUCCAUAUUUUUGCUCAUGAACCACAAAUUACACUUCGCUGAAAUUGCUCUCAACAAGUUUCCAAAGCAUACGAUCUAUCUAGGCAUUUCAUUUGUUUAAUUUAUCUGAACAGUAUUAAAAUCAAUGUGUAGAACUGUCA